CAUUAGUCUCCAAUCGUUAGAUCACCAUAUAGCAACAUCUCCCAGCGCAGACAGAACCCAAAGUCUUUUGUUUGACGCAGCUUUAUCUCCAUAGCACCUUCCCUUAAUCUAGUUUCCCUGGAAACCAUCGCUCCGGGGAAGAUCGGAAUGCGUUGAAGGCUUGAUGCCGAUCUUUUGAGCAUUCGAUCCGGCCAAACGACGAGACUUCAAGGGCCUUGACCAGCACCGGAGCACCUCCCUCGGCCUCAAGAAUUUCCAGCAAUUCUCAGUUCUCAUCGGCAGCAAUACCAGCGCGCGGUGCGUUUCCGAUAAUUGCAUUGAAUCCUGCUCCCGGGUUUUCAUCCCUUCCGGUGAGUUUUCUGAGAAGUACAUUCUCAGUAGGUGAGUCUCUUUCGUUUUAAACUUUUUGUUCACGUUUCCCUUCGAUUUUCAUUUCUACUUCGUACACGUGCCAUGAAAAAUCUGUUUUAGAAAUUCAUUUGAUUUUGUUGGGCUACUGGCCGAUUGGCUAUUCUGCUGCUUAGAAUUAUAUUGUUCAUUAGAUUAAAGUAAAUGCUUAAGCUGAGUAGCCUGGAAGACAGAUCCUAGUUUUUUUGUUUUAACUUUUAAUUACUUGAGUUUGAUUUCAAUAUUAUGCUUGGUAAUUUUACGCCAUACUUUAUGUAGAAUGAAUUUAUGAGCUUAAUUUUAGUUAAGUUUUUGAUCUGAUCAAUAGGGAGUAGCAUCAUUUCUGAACUUAAUUGCUUCACUGGAUGUUUAUGUUUGAAUUUUAAUGGUACUUAGAACAUCUAGUUAUCAUGUGAUCUAUCUUAAUUGGGAGUUAUUUGAAAUUUGUCAAUUGUCCUUAGUGUUUGGAGAUACAUGGAUCGGUAACAGAUAGCUUGUCCUGGCAAAGCAAUUCUAUUGUUUGUGUUGUCAGUUACGUAAUUCAGCCAUAGUUUGAUUCCCUUUUUCUAAAAAAAAUGUAAAACGCUGUGCAUGUCUUAACAUGUCAUGAAUAUAAAUUGGCUUCAGUUGUAUGUAGGGGUUUUGAUAUUGAUAUUUUGAUGCUUGGUUGAGUUGAUGGAUACUGAUACGUGCAUCAAUUGUGAGUUAUGAUUUCUUGUGUUUGAUUUGAGACAUCAUUGAAAAUUCCUUGGAUAAUUUUGAUACCUUUUGGUAGACUUGAGAGCCUAGAAUUGUUUUCAAGAGAUGGAUUUUGCACUUUGAUUUGGGCUUGAUGUAAUUGGAUAUUUGUGGAUUUAGAAAAUUCUUGUAAUUUUUAACUAUGAACUGUUGCUCCUACUUUCUUGACUUGAUAAAAGUGAUAUGGUUUUGCAUUUGAAAUUAACCAAAGAAAGCUUGUUGUCAUCUGAUGAUGGGAAGGGCGGGUGAGCUUCAAACGGUAAUCAGUGCUAUAAUGCAUGCUUGGGAUGUAAUUAAUUUUAUUUCAAUACUGUAGUGUUUUUUAAUGGAUCUCUAUACCUGAUUGUAGAUAAUGGUGCAAAUUGUAGCAAACUUGGUUGGAAUGUCUUUUUUUGUUUAUUUCUGCACUCAAAGCACAUGUUGAUAGAAGUCAUUUUGCUAUGUUUCCAUUUCUUCUGGUAUGAGUAUUAAUUAUCAUGGUAAUAUUUCAUAAGAUCAUUUGGAUAAGCAAAUAAAAAUAAAAGAUUUGACAUAGACUUAAUAAAAAAAUGUGCUCCUCCUCCUUUAUAUAAGCCCAAAAGCAAUAGCUUUGUAAUUCAUGCAUGCAUAUCCAUACCAGUGUACAAGUUCUUAAGUUAAAAUGGGAUAUUUAAACUAUUUUAAAAUAAAAAUGAAUUUUGUUUCAAAAAAAAAAAUGAUAAUAUGGCAUUUAAUUUUUACUGGAAGGAAAAUAAAUUUAUACAUCAAUUAAAUUAACAUUUUUUUGUGGCCAAACUAAAACUUUUGGGUAAUAGGUUUUAGGAUUGAAUUGUAGGUUGCUUACACCUUCCCUAUUCUCAAGUAGACUCACAGUUUGGAGGAUUUGUUUUUUCCCAAAUAAAUCAGUAGCUAGUGAUGCCAUUGUUGUAAUUUAUUUUUGGCUCUUUUUGCUUGCCUAUAAUUUUGCAACAUAUUUGACAGGGGACUUCCUUCAAGAAAUCCCUUACUUGAGUUGGAGGAAAUGAGAAUCAGUGUCUUCAAUCUGCAUAAUCUAAAAGUAAAAUUUCCCUUAAUAGUUGAGGUCCUCCUUUUCUGGUGGACCUCUUCUGCGGGAAGGGCAGGUCUCAUAUUCCAUCACCCUGUGUAGAAGCAUCACUGUCAUUACUCUUCGGAACUCGCCAUUGUACAUUUCAUUUAUUCCUUUUAUCUUUUUCUUUUAAGAAAAAAAAAGCUUUACAGUUUUGUUUUAAAGUUGGCGUGAUUUUAAUAUCAAAAUCGAUUGCUUUUAUUGGGGCAGACAAACAGAUGGUUUGAUGUUUGUAAAUUCAGAAGCAAACUUCAGAAAGGAAUCCUUGUUGGUAUUGAUGAAGCUUUUUCCUAUCGGGGAAAGUUUCCCUGUUAAUGGGAGGUCUCAUAUUCCAUUGCCUUUGGAGAGGCAUUGUUGCCAUUAUCCAUAGGGACUGACCAUGAUAGAUACAUUUUAUUUUCUAAUUUUACAUUGAUAACUUUCUUUCUUCUUCAUUUCCUCUUUUGCUUCUUUUUUGCAAAGAGGAAGUUGACAAGAGAGAAAAACGUAAGGCAGACAUGCUGCAAAGAGAGAUAUCUUACGGUUUAUUUUUUUUUUUUUUUUCAAAUUAAAUAGAUCAAUAUGGAUGAGGUGAUGACAGUAAGAGAUGCGGUGUCAUCAGGAAGCAUGGCUCAAACAACGUCAUCAUUUUCAUCUUCAUCAUCACUGUUACCAAACAACCUCCCUCUCCUCUCUGCCUUCCUCACCUGUGCUCUUGCUCAGUUCCUCAAGCUCUUCACAAACUGGUUUAAAGAAAAGAGAUGGGAUUCUAAAAGUAUGCUUGGUUCUGGUGGAAUGCCAUCUUCACAUUCUGCCACUGUGACAGCUCUGGCAUUGUCUAUAGGCCUACAAGAAGGGACAGGAUCACCAGCUUUUGCAAUUGCAGUCGUCUUGGCCUGUGUUGUGAUGUAUGACGCCUCAGGGGUCAGACUUCAUGCUGGUCGGCAAGCUGAAUUGCUGAAUCAAAUUGUUUGUGAGUUUCCUCCAGAACAUCCAUUAUCCAGUGUUAGACCUUUGCGUGAGUUACUUGGGCACACUCCACUUCAGGUGGUUGUUGGAGCUUUGGUGGGAUGCAUUGUAGCUUACCUGAUGAGAAACACAGACUAGUAUUCUGUGUCUCAUUACUGACGGGAUUAUGCACAGUUGCAUCAACAGAUGAGAGUGGAAAGAAUGCUGCAUAUGAGAUUUCCAAUUGUUGAAAACCGUCGAGUAAUGAUUGGAAGCGGUCGAGGAGACUUCAUGAUCUUGGUGGAAUUGGUCAUGGAUAUCCAGAAUACCAAAUUUACACAUUGAAUGAAUAAAAAUCUUCAUGAAAGAAUUUAGUAGAACAGACGAAUCCUACAUCCGUCCAGCAUAGAUAGACUCUUCUCUCAACUGAUUGAUGAUUGAUUAUGAAAAUGAAUCAAAGAACUUUUCAAUGUUGUGUUACUCAUAAUUUUAUUUUGCUCUAUUGAUUGUUAACAUGCGAUUAAUUUAUGACUUGGAUGAGGUCUAAAGCUUAAAUUGUUACCAUUAUAACAAGUUGCAAAUUGGCUUUUUUUUA